CCCCCAGCGCCCUGGGAGAGCACGGGAUCCGCAGAUAGAAGAAGGCAUCUCUCCUCUGCAGGCCCAGGCUAGGCAGCCAUGGACAGUGUGCUCCUGCACCGCUUGCCUACUCCUCCUUCACACAGCCCACUGCCUGGUGUCCAGGCUCCUCUGGUGGCCCUCCAUGACACAGGGAAGUGAAUCCAAAGAGGCCAGUGCUUCCUACCCGCCUGGAGUCGGGCCAACUGGGGACACCUUUCGGAGCGGUCCGGCAGUGUGAGCCCAGUUGUUCCUGUGGCCAUCAGCCAUGUCCUUCAGCGCCACCAUCCUCUUCUCCCCUCCGGGUGGCGGCGAGACCAGAUGCUGCUGCUGCGCCUGCAAAAGCGAGACCAGUGCGAGCAGCACGGGCUCCCAGGGCGGGAACCCUCCUGCCAGCACCCCUAUCACGGUGACCGGACAUGGCCUGGCCGUUCAGAGUUCAGAGCAGCUCCUGCACAUUAUCUACCAGCGGGUGGAGAAGGCCGUGGGCCUGGCCGAGGCCGCUCUGGGGCUCGCCCGGGCCAACAACGAAUUGCUCAAACGUCUCCAGGAGGAGGUGGGUGAGCUGAGGCAAGGGAAAGCCUCGGCCCCGGAUGAAGACGGGGACGGCCGGGCGCACGGCUCCCCGCCCGAGGAGCCGGGGCCUCUCAAGGAGAGCCCUGGGGAGGCCUGCAAGGCGGCGGCCGCGGCGGAAGAGGAGUGUGACAGCGUGGGCAGCGGCAUGCAGGUGGUGAUUGAGGAGCUGUGGCAGGUGGGAGCCGCCUCGGCCGUGGGGCCCGAGCCCUUGGGCUUCCCGGCGGCGCAGAGAGACGCGCGGCUCCCGGGGUGCGCCCUGGCGGCCGGCGAGGCGGCCCCGCUGCUCAAUCCCCUGGUGGAUGAUUAUGUGGCCUCUGAGGGUGCAGUACAGCGGGUGCUGGUCCCUGCUUAUGCCAAGCAGCUCUCACCAGCCACACAACUGGCUAUCCAGCGGGCAACCUCAGAGACAGGGCCAGAAAAUGGAAGCAAGCUGCCACCACCCCGCCCCGAGGACAUGCUCAGUGCUGCUGCUGUGCUGGAUGGUGCCUUGGAAGAGUCAGGCCCCGGGGGAACAGGGGAGCUGAGACACUCUCUAGGGUUUACCGCUUCCCCAUGCAGGACCAGAGGGAGUGGGCAGAAGAACUCCAGGCGCAAGCGGGAUCUGGUACUCUCCAAAUUGGUCCACAAUGUGCAUAACCACAUCACCAAUGACAAGAGAUUCAAUGGGUCUGAAAGCAUCAAGUCCUCUUGGAAUAUUUCAGUAGUGAAGUUCCUUCUGGAAAAGCUCAAGCAGGAGCUGGUGACCAGUCCCCACAAUUACACUGAUAAGGAGCUGAAAGGAGCCUGUGUAGCCUACUUUCUCACUAAGAGGCGUGAGUACCGCAACUCCCUGAACCCCUUUAAAGGCCUGAAGGAAAAAGAGGAGAAGAAGCUUCGAAGUCGCAGAUACCGGCUUUUUGCCAACCGAUCCAGCAUCAUGAGGCAUUUUGGACCUGAGGACCAACGCCUGUGGAAGGAUGUGACAGAAGAGCUGAUGUCAGAUGAAGAGGACAGUCUUAAUGAGCCAGGUGUCUGGGUGGCCCGGCCUCCCCGGUUCCGGGCCCAGCGCCUCACAGAGCUCUGCUACCACCUGGAUGCCAACUCUAAGCAUGGCACUAAAGCCAACCGUGUGUAUGGGCCUCCCUCAGACCGAUUACCUUCUGCUGAGGCCCAGCUCCUUCCACCAGAACUUUAUAAUCCUAAUUUUCAAGAAGAGGAAGACGAGGGAGGUGAUGAGAAUGGACCUGUCUCCCCAUCCUUUGACCAACCCCACAAAACCUGCUGUCCUGACUUGAACUCAUUCAUUGAAAUCAAGGUGGAAAAGGAUGAAUGAAAUCUAUAACCAAGAAUAACUCUGGCAUCUGCCACUCCCCAUGUCCCAGGGAUGGGUGGCCAUGGGGCUUCCCAGAUUAACAAGGUGUCCUCUGCAGUCUGAGAAAGCAAAUCUGUCUCUCUUCUUACCACAGUCCCCAAUGGAAGUGGAAGCUGGCAGCUGUGGUGGG